AUGGCAAAUGUGCGCCAUCGCCCAGCGGCAGCGCCACUGCGACGAUGCGGUUUCACGCUGCCCCAGAGGGCCUGGGAGAGUCGAGCCCGACAAGUGCCCGAUGCCUCGCAUUCCCAAGCACUUGAGACUGAGCCAGCGUUGCCUCAGACAGACUUGAUUACUUCAGGCGACGAAGCAGAGCCGCCAGUACCGCCUGCAACACUUGAAUCGCCGACUCCGGCCACGGCAGAUGACAUGUCUGGCGGCCUACCUCUGCCCCCUGAAGGCUCUGAAGUUGCAGAGGCGGCAGAAGCUUCAGACGACACAGAGGCGGCUAGAGGGAGUGGCGAACAGCUGACGCACCGCCCAACUGAUCCAGCCGUGGCCCUGGCAAUGCCCAUCUAUGCCCCGGCACCUCCGCAAGCACAUGUGCCGCUGCCCAACGGGUACAACGCAUACGCAUUGAUCAACGGCGAGACUCCCUGGAGUGCUGUCGCUGUGUGUCGGCAGCAAGCAGAGAGGCUUGCAAAGCUCGAGGCUGAAAUCUUGGAGGAGUGCCGGCAGAAGCAAGAACGCCUGUGGCAGGCUGAGCUUGCGGAGGUCUUGGAUCAGAGGGCCCACGAGUGGCGAGAGCAGCGUGCCCAGUUUGAGUCCCAGAUCUCUUACCAGGAGCAGCGCUACACAAGCGCAUUGGUUUCGUGGCGGCAGUCCGAAGUCAACUCUCAGCGAGAUGCUCAACUGCGACACCAAGCAGUCUCCGAUCGCUGCCUUUCCAUCUCAGAAGAGUUAGCAGAGGCCCGAGCAUCCUUCGCGACUGAACGCUUUCAACUGGAGCAAGCAGGGGGACAGCUGCAAGCUGAGCUUGCCACUUCAACCAAUGAGGCGAACGCCAUUAAGGUGGAAGAGAGAACCAUGAUCAGUUGCAUGCGGCGAGAGCUGGCUGCCGAAGCAGCAAGCGCAGCACAAGUCACAGAAACCGCAGAGAACCAGAGAGAUGCGGCCGUUUCGGAGUGCAAAGCAGCGGAGGCAAAACUCGCCAAGCAGCAUCUGGAUUACCGCGGCAACUUGGACGAGCUUUUGCUUCAGCGAACAAGCUUGGAAGAAAGCUGCCAACACGCUGAUCACUUGCAGCGGCUGUCUCGUCAGCGGACAAGCUAUGAAGAAGAGGCCGCUGCCAAGGCAAUUGAUGAGCGCCAUCGAGCCCAAGCCGAACUUCAAGCAGAAAACGAAGAAAAAGAGAAGCUCUCGGCUUUAGUCAUCGGGCUUACAGCAGAAGUCGCUGCCGCCUCGAAAGAGAUGGACGUGGAGCGGGAGACCCGACGAGCGUUUCAACAAGUGGCAGAGGACGCGCAGAAGCUGCAGGCCACUUUCUUGGCUGAGGCGGAAGCCGCAAGGGAGGUUGCCGAAGCUACUGCUCUUGAAGUUGCCGAGGAAAGACGCCAUCGAGCGCGUGACCUCCAUGAGUACCGCCAAGUACUGCGCCAUCAUCAGGAACAACUGAGUGCUGAGCGACAGCGCCAGAUCUUCACCGAAGUGUUGGGUGCCAUUGACUCUGCUGGUGACUGA